AUGGGUAGCGCUCAGUACAUCGCAGGACGGCUGGGAAGCGAGAAUUGUGAAGAGCAGUUGAUCGUAUAUAACUGGCGUGAGGUUAAGAAGAGUAGUGAAGCGGCAAACGGAGGAAGUCCCGCUCUUUCGCGGCAGGUCGGCGAGGUUGGAGGCGCCAAGAACCGAUACGUUAUCCUGUGCUGCGCUGCGAUGGAUCUCCGCAACGAGGACGAGCUAUACGGAGUAUCAUGA